UUCGUCAUCAAUAAAUCUUAACUUUGUUUCUGUUCACAACAACGUGAUAUUAGUCAAUUAGCUUACAAACAGACAAAAGAAAUCAUGUCGUCACAGCAAGAGAAAAGGUCUGAAAUGGAUCGAAGGGCAAAGGAAGGAGAAACUGUAGUUCCUGGGGGUACUGGUGGCAAAAGUCUUGAAGCUCAGGAGCACCUUGCUGAGGGUAGGAGCCGAGGAGGGCAAACGAGAAAGGACCAGCUGGGAAGUGAAGGAUACCAGGAAAUGGGACGCAAAGGAGGUCUCAGCACGGGCGAUGAGUCCGGUGGUGAGCGUGCCCAACGUGAAGGGAUCGAGAUAGACGAGUCCAAGUACAAGACCAAGGGUUAAACAAGUUUGAUAAUAGGGUCCUCUUUCUUGUGUUAAUAAUAAAAGGGUCUUUUCUUUUAUGUGGCUAGUUAUGUUCUCAGGAUGCUUGUUGUUUCCAGUUUUUAGUCUUAGGUACUAACGCAAUGGGGACCCUGUAGUUUAGCAGGCCCUACGUUUGUCUUUUUCCUUGUGUAUUUCGUCUUUAACUUGAAUGGUCUAGUUGUCUUUUUGGUUUAA